GCUCAAUGAAAACUCGUACAAGAAAAGCUGCAGCAAUGGAAUGGUAGCAGAGCAAGAUUACUUUCUCUUAAAAGGUCUUAUCAACAUAACCUACGCGAUAUACGGUCGAUUGGGCGAGUUCGGUAUUUUUUAUACAGAAGACUUUGAUCGUUAUGUAUUGGUAAGUAGCACAUUAUCACACAUUUUUUAAUAAAAUAAUCAAAUCUGUUUUUCUCGAUUUUCAUUAUUCUCCUUUAUAAAAAUAAAUUUUUGGCAACGUUUCAUUUUCAAGAGACAAUAGAGUAGAUUAUUGACACUUUAUUAAACGGCUAACUAGACAUUAGAGUAGGUUAUUGACACUUUAUUAAACGGCUAACUAGACAAUAGAGUAGGUUAUUGACACUUUAUUAAACGGCUAACUAGACAAUAGAGUAGAUUAUUGACACUUUAUUAAACGGCUAACUAGACAAUAGAGUAGAUUAUUGACACUUUAUUAAACGGCUAUCUAGACAAUAGAGUAGGUUAUUGUCACUUUAUUAAACGGCUAACUAGACAAUAGAUUAGGUUAUUGACACUUUAUUUAACGGCUAACUAGCCAAUAGAGUAGGUUAUUGACACUUUAUUGAACGGAUAACUAGCCAAAAGAGUAGGUUAUUGACACUUUAUUAAACGACUAACUAGACAAUAGAGUAGGUUAUUGAAACUUUAUUGAACGGCUCAGGAAAUAAUCGAGUAGCUUACUGACUCUUUAAUGAAAAGCACAAGAGACAACGGAGUAACUUAUUCACUGUUUCUUUAAUGGCUAACGAGACAAAGAGUAGUAUACUGACAUCUUACUGAACGCCUCACGAGGCAAAGAAGAAGCGUAUUGAUAUUUUUGUGAAAAGUUCAUGGUACAAAGAGGUAGCUUAUUGACACUUUAAUGAAUAAUUACUAAAACAAUGGCGUAGCUUAUUGACACUUUAUGAAUAGCUCACGAGACAACGGAGUAACUUAUUGGCUGUUUCUUAAAUGGCUAACAAGACAAAGAGUUGCUUAUUUACACUUUAUUGAAUAAUUCCUAAAACAAUGGCGUAGAUUAUUGACACUUUAAGAAUAGCUCACGAGAUAAUGGAAAAGCUUAAAAACACGUCUUUUGGAAUUUUUUGCGAGACAACGCUGUAGCCGUUUGACACUUUUUUUGAAAGGCUCACGCGACAAUGGGGUGGCUUAUUGACACUUUUGUGCUUGGUUUACGAGACAAUAGAGACUUCUCACUUAUUACCACUUUAAUGAAUUGCUCUAGAGACAAUGGAAAAGCUGAUUAAAACUUUAUUUAAUGGGCCACGAGACAAAAUGCUCUUGAGACGAGGGAGUAGCUUAAUAAAUAUUGAUUGAAUUGCACACGAGACAACGGAGUAGAUGAUUGACUAUUAAAUAAAUGGCUAACGAGAAAAAGUAGAGGGUUAUUUACACUUUAUUAAAUGGCUACGUAGACAAAAUUGCAGCUUAUUUAAACUUUUUUGAUUACACCAAUAGAAAAGAAAUGAAUUUUAUUCAUACUUACUAAAAUGGCUCCGUAGAAAACAGAGUAGCUUAUUGAAACUUUAUUUAAUUGGCCUUCGGGACAAUGGAGUAGCUUAUCGACACUUUAUUUAAUAGCUUACGAGACAAAUGAGUAGCAAAAUUACAAUUUUUCGAAUGGCUAAAGAGACUGUUUGGUAAAUUAAUGCAACUGCAACCAAAAGCUCAUGAGCCGUGUAGUAUUUUAUUGAUUCUUUGUCUAAUGGCUCUUAAAUUCUCAAAGUACGUCACGAAUGCCAUUUUCUCCACCUGGUCUUAUUCAGCUAGCUCCCAGUCAACUUCCGUGAAUAAUAGGUGAAUAUUUCUCAAGGUGGUGACUUGUCACUAAUUCAACAAUAACACCAUCCCAUAAAUAACAUCAUUCAAAGAUAUUGUCACCAAAAUUAACUUGUUUGAAAAAGAAUGAUAUGAAGAAAAAUCUGAAGUUUACAUUAAAACUUCAAAAUAUUUUUAAAAAUAUAUUUUAGUCGAAUACAUUUUUCACUAUCAAACCUUUAAUCAAUUUACGAAAGGAUGAUUUAAUACAAAUUUAGUGGGAUUGUACUUUCAAAAUUGUACUCUCGACAUUUUCAUCACUGCGUAUACAAAUAUGUUUGUUAAAAUAUUUUUAUUUACGUACCGUUUGACAAUGUCAUGCUACAUAAUCCAUCUUCACGAGUAAAUUAAGAUUUAUUUUUGGCUUUCAUUAGACUUCAUUACAUCUAGGUAAGGAUCAAUAGGAAUUUGUUGGCAGUACGGAAGACACAAAUUAACGGAAUAAAGGGACAAAAGAAGAUAUUUGUGUAUUAGGAAAUACGACAUAUUACCAAAAUCAAAGCAAAUAGCGAUAUAUUUUUAAGCAAAAAAAAUCUAUUACACAAAGUCUCAGACAAAUAUUGAUACCUCUCAGACAAAUAGUGAUAUCUGAGAGGCAAGAGAGAUUUUAACCAAAGUCUCAGACAAAUAGUGAUAUCUGAGAGGCAAGAGAGACAUUAACCAAAGUCUCAGACAAAUAGUGAUAUCUGAGAGGCAAGAGAGACAUUAACCAAAGUCUCAGACAAAUAGUGAUAUCUGAGAGGCAAGAGAGACAUUAACCAAAGUCUCAACAAAUAGUGAUAUCUGAGAGGCAAGAGAGACAUUAACCAAAGUCUCAGACAAAUAGUGAUAUCUGAGAGGCAAGAGAGACAUUAACCAAAGUCUCAGACAAAUAGUGAUAUCUGAGAGGCAAGAGAGACAUUAACCAAAGUCUCAACAAAUAGUGAUAUCUGAGAGGCAAGAGAGACAUUAACCAAAGUCUCAGACAAAUAGUGAUAUCUGAGAGGCAAGAGAGACAUUAACCAAAGUCUCAGACAAAUAGUGAUAUCUGAGAGGCAAGAGAGACAUUAACCAAAGUCUCAACAAAUAGUGAUAUCUGAGAGGCAAGAGAGACAUUAACCAAAGUCUCAGACAAAUAGUGAUAUCUGAGAGGCAAGAGAGACAUUAACCAAAGUCUCAGACAAAUAGUGAUAUCUGAGAGGCAAGAGAGACAUUAACCAAAGUCUCAGACAAAUAGUGAUACCUGAAAGGCAAGAAAAACAUGUAUUGAGAAAAGUUGUGGCCAUGUUUUAAUGCAAUGGUUGUAAUAAAGACAGAAAUUACAAAUAGGUAACGAAAGUUAAGAGGAAAAAAGAUUUAGAAAAAUGUAUUAAACUUUAAAAUUCAAAAGAUAUAUUGAUUAUAAAAUAGAAACAAACCAUUAAGUUACCUUAGAUUUUGAAAAAAAAAGAAACAUUGCGUGAACAACCAAUUUUAAAAAAGAAAAAAUAUUUUCUAAAUUCGUUUAGAUUCCUGGAACAGAAGUUCGAUUGGGCAAAUUGAAAACCUGUAGUGACGUGGAUAGAAUCAAGAUCGACUCUUGUGUCUGCACGUUCAUGGAUUCACGUUACAUCCGGCUCAAGUGCAACCUUACGGCAAAAAUGAUGUACAACCGAG